AUGACAAUUGCCUUCGUGCAGGGUGUCAAAGCUCUCAAUUUGUUUUGCGGUCCAUCUCAACAAGACAUUAAACGAUGGGCUGGGGUCAACCUGGCAGGAUUAGAAUUUGGUAUGCAGAAUACUGGGACCAUGAACCAGGACCCAAUGGAACCACCACCGAUCAGUCAAAUCCAACACUUCCGAGCGGAAAAUGUAACUGCUUUUAGAAUUCAAAUCUCUUGGCAAAGAAUGCAACCAAAGAUAAUGGGGCCACUGGACCCAGAUUCCCUCCAACUUCUCUCGAAGUAUGUGAAUUCAGCGUUGGCUUGUAAGGCCAGUGUGAUCAUAGAUUUACACAACUACGCCAGACGAGAUGGUAAAGUGAUCGGCGAGGCCGAAGACUUACCAGCAAGUUCGCUGGUAGACUUCUGGACCCGAAUCGCCCAGAAAUUUGGCGAAUUUCCUGAGGUUAGGUUCGGGAUAAUGAACGAACCUCAUGACGUGAAGCUAGAUAUAUGGAUCGAAACUCUUCAGGCUGUCGUGACAGCCAUCAGGAAGACAGGGGCCACCAACAAGAUCAUCUUACCGGCCAACAAUUGGUCCCAUCUACAGACCUUUGCUACCUCAUACAAUGCCGGGAUGUCGAAGAUUCACAACCCCGAUGGCAGUUGUACCGGUCUGAUAUUCGAAAUCCAUCAGUAUUUCGAUAGCGACGGCUCUGGAACUAGUGCAGGUUUCCCGGUUCCUCAUACAAAAGAGUUGCAGGAGGUCGUUGCCUUGCUCGCGAAAGAUGACAGACAGGCAAUGAUUACGGAAUUUGGGGGUGGACACAACCCCGAUUGUCCAUCUGUCUUAGCAGAUUUUGUCGAAGAAGCUCAUAAAGCACUAGUUUCCCAUGUGGUGUAUACAGACAAUGUGGCAGCUGCUGUCACCAAGUCAAUGACGACAUGGCUUUCCAAGCCAUGGGUGCUGUGA